UUAAGAGAAAGAGAGAGAGAAGAUGUUAGGAAGAGGAAAAGGAGGGAAGGGAUUGGGAAAGGGAAGAGCGAAGAGGCAUAAGAAGGUAUUAAGAGACAACAUUCAAGGUAUUACGAAGCCUGCCAUCCAUCGUUUGGCUCACUAUAGUGGGGUCAAGAGAAUCAGGGGUCUGAUCUACGAGGAGACGAGAGGAGAUCUCAAGAACUUCCUUAAAAACGUCAUCCAUGAUGCCGUCACCCACAUCGAGCAUGCUCGCCGCGAGACCAUCUCCACCAUGGAUGUCGUCUAUGCACUUAAACGCCAGGGCCAUACCCUCUAUGGCUUCGGCGGCUGAUCAGUACCGUCUGUAUUGAAAUCUGUUUUAGAUUUUUGAAUCCGAGGUGGCGAUGUAAAAAUCCUUGUGAGCUAUGUUUUCUGGUUCUUUUGGAUGAUGUUUUGAA